AUGCGUGCCGGAAUUCUUGGAGUGCUCGCAGGCAGCGUCAACCUGGCGCUGGCCACCAAGUUCUGGACCAACUCCAGUGUCCCAGUCAUAACUCCGUCUACUACCUGGACCACUGAGGUUGUUACAGCCUUGACAACAUUCUGCCCAGCACCUACUACCGUCACAUACAACGACCAGACAUACACAAUUACCUCUGCCACUACUCUCACCGUCACCAACUGCCCCUGCACAAUCAGCCGACCUGUUACAACCAUCCCACCCCCGGCCACUACCACCAAGGUCAUCACAGCCAUCACCACAUAUUGUCCAGAGCCAACAACUCUCACGUAUCCUCACACGACAAUCACUGUCACCAGCCCAACCACUCUUACCAUCCCCGUCAAGCCUACUACUCUCACCAUCCCCAUCCAGCCUACUACAAGCACCUCGGCUCAGCCCAGCAGCGGCUGUGUCGACACCUGCAAUGAUGCUUAUAACAAGUGUCGUGGCCAGCCCGGUGCCAACCGCUCAACCUGCGCAGCCCAGUACGCCAGCUGUCUUGGCUACAGUCCAUUUGCUGGAAACGGAACCCUCAUUACCCCAACUGCCUGCUCUCAGGCUCCUGUACAGACCAGCAGCGGCUUCCUUAGCAGUGCCGUCACGACAACCACCACCGUUGUCACUGCCAUCACCACCUACUGCCCGGUCCCCACAACUCUGACCUACAACAGCCAGACCUACACUGUCACGGAGCCGACUACGCUCACAAUCACCAACUGCCCAUGCACGGUCGUAACCACCAAGCCUGUCGUACCAACCGGCCCCGCGACAAGCAACGGUCCCUUCCGACCCAGCAGUGUCGGUAGCUCAAACCCAAGCGGCUCCACGCAGCAGCAGCAGCCUGCGGUUUCUGGAUCUCAGACCAGUGCCGGUGGUUCGAACCCAAGCGUUUCCACUCAGCAGCAGCAACAGCCUGCAGUUUCUGGGUCUCAGACCAGCGCUGGCUCGCCUGCAAACCCUACCAACACGCCCACCUCGGGCAACUCUCCCGCUCAGACUACUGCCGUUCCCGCUGGCGCGGGAUCAGUCGGCCCAGCCAAGGUUCUAUUGGCCAUCGGUGUCGUUGCUCUGCUCUAA